AUGUGUACCAUAAGACAGGCAAAAGAAGCCCUCACCAUCUAUCAGGAAAAGAAGUCAGCUGGUGAACCGAUCCUCAAAGCCCUCAGGCUUUGGCCGGUUGUGAAUGUUUUCUGGAAGGUUGAGAACUUGGAGCCGGAGGAAGCUGUGAGCUUCGACUGCCUCCAUGCUCUGCAUGACAGUCUUUUUGGGCACCACUUACUCGAAGAACUCAAGAUUCUUUUAAGCAAAUUACCGCGUAAGUAUGCAGUGCAACUUGAGGAGCAGCUUGCAGCAUUUCCAAGCUGGCAAGGUUUGGCACACUUCAAUGGCAUCCUACAUGUAAGCUAUGCUGAUGGGAACAAACUCCGAGAUCUCGUGCAGCAAACCUUCUACACUGCUUUGAAUAUUCUGACAAACAAUGUAAGCCGUGAAGGCUACCAGCUCCUAUGGAUGCUCUGCAGCUACUUAGAAUUGGACAGUCUCAUUGGGCUGGACGUGCACAUUGACAAGACCCUUGAAUUGAUAGAGAGGGAGCAGUUGGUUUUUGGGAGUGAGCUAAAGGAGUAUGUCUCCCAUGUGGCUAAUGGUGAGCUAGCAGAACACCUCAAAAUGGACUGGAAUUUUCCAAAGGUCCAUCUUUGGAAACAUGUUGUGUGGGACAUUCAGAAUAAAGGAGCAGCCCAUAACUACAGCACUUGGCCCAACGAGAAAAUGCAUGGCUCACUUAAAGAUGCAUAUCAGGACUGCUCAAAUGGUAAGGACGUUGCUGUUCAGGUCCUUCGUGUUGACCACCACCACUUAGCCAUGAAACUAAUUAGGAACCAGGUGGAUGCUGAAGCCAAUCGUACACAGCAAGAUUGCAAUGAUGAUGAUAUUGAUGGCAGGGGUGAUGAGGAUGUCCUCAUGAGUUUCAGUGAGCAUGUUAAGCUUGGUUCACCACAGUCACCGAAGAGCAUUCAAUCGAUCAUUCGUGAUCAUGCUUCACAGCAAGAAUUCCAAGGUUUCCAUCAGAAGUUUACUUGGUUCGUCAAUCAGUGCCUUCCUAUCUACCUCAAUUGCGACCAGAAUUCUUGGAAAAAUAUCUCAUUUGCCAAAACAUUCUAG